AUGCCCUCCUCUCCCGCCAUCCAGCAAUCCCUCAGCAGCCUCCUCCCCACCCACGCCGCCAACCCGCCCGCGCCGCUCGUCCACCUGUGCGAAUCCCUGCUCGCCCAAUCCCGCCAGCGUGCCUCGCACCUGAAACCCGACGAGGAGAUUGCCCGCGCCUACGCGUGCUGCGAGAUCGCCUGUACCCGGUUGCGAGUCAAGUGUCGGCUGCCCGCGGUCAAGACGGGAGGAGCGCCCUGCAAGCCGGCCGUGUACAAGAAGCUGGUGGCCUUUCUGGAGAGGGUGUUGGACGGAGAUGGCACUGCGACAGCGACUACAACUACACCGACGGCGACGCCCAAGUCGACGCCCGGAGGAGGGAGGAAGAGGACGGCAGACGGCUCAGUCAAGCGGACGAUGACCGUGGAGAGUGAACCGGGCACGCCGUCCAAGUCGUCGACAGGCCGAAAGAAUGAGUUUCGGGGCACGAUCAAGGCGAGCGCGAAGAAAACCACCAGCCAGGGCGAGAACGACGGCCAAGCACCAGACUACACGAUGCCCUCAAUCCGCAAACUCUGCAAGACCUUCUCGACUCCACUGCUCGCGCCGCACGUCUACACCGGCACCUGCGUCGUGCUGAAACUGAGUGGUCUGUGGCCGCCGGCGGACGAAGACGCCGCCCACGUCGAGACGUCCCUCCAAGAGACCGUGACGGGUCUCGUGAUAGCCCUCUAUCUCAUGACCCUGACGCGCAUGCAGACCGCCGCUAUGACCACGUCCGUGUACAAGUCGACGUGCGCCCGGGCCGUGCAGGUCCUGGGGUAUCAGCCCGGCACGAAGGGGGUCGAGGCGUGGAUCCGGCGCAUCAACCGCGAGGGAUUCUGUCGGGGUCAGGACUGGUGGGCCAGCGUGCCGGAGAGGGUGUUUGACUUUGAUCCGAGUGCCAAUUCCGGUGCAAGUCAUCAGUUUGAUAGAGAUGAAGACGACGAUUACGAGGAGGAGGAAAAGGAAGAAGAAGACGAAGAAGACGAAGAUCCGAUCCUGUCGGGAAGGAGGAGACGGAACGCAUCCUCCACAGAUCCCGUGCGAGGAGGCAUGGAGCACGAAGACGACGACCCCGAGGACGUCCUGCUCCCGGGCCUGGCGACCAUGAUGCACGACGCCCUCGAUCUGCUCGACGCCGAGCGGACGCGCGACUUUGAGGCCUGGAAGAAGCAGUUCCUGCGUCGGCUGGAGAGGGCGGACAAGACGGACGACCACGACGCCGCUGCGGGACCCAGUGGUGGUGGUGGUGGUGGUCUUAGUACUCGUAGUGGUGCCGUUCCUAUUACUGUGGAAUGA